UAGGCAGCCCCAAUCAAGCCUUCCUGUCUCACCUGCUGCGGGUGUCACGUCUUUUUGGUGCCAAUCAGGACAAUCAAAAACUGUCGAGCAAUUCCUACCUGCUGGUUCGAUUCCCUUUACACUCAGACGGAAAGAUCAUGGUCGCUUUCAAGGGCCUCUGUCACGCUUUCUCGCGCCUGGCGAAGCUUGUGGGACACAAGCAAAUAAAAAAAUACCACAAGCGGAGACCUGUAAUAACAGAAACGGACGGUCCAAAGAGCCUUGCAGUGUCAGACGGAGAGUUGAAUAUGUCUGCGCGAAGCUGUACAGGCAGCAGCUCCAGCCUCCCUGGUACCCCCGGCGGAGUGGCCUGCCCAGCUAACUGUGUGCUCAGCUGGGCAGUCUCCUUUGAGAAGCUGCUGGAAGACCCCAGUGGAGUCGGCUACUUUACAGCCUUUCUGAAAUCCGAGGUGAGUGCAGAGAACAUAUUAUUUUGGCAAGCCUGUGAAAAGUUCAAGAAGAUCCCUUCCACAUCAUUGGAGGAGCUGAAAGAAGCAGCUCACUCCAUUUAUGACACAUACUUGUCUGAGAGUGCUCCCCAUUCGAUCAACAUUGAUGACACAGCCAAGAAAGACGAAAAAGAAUUGGAACAACCCACUCCUGAUAUGUUUAACAAGGCUCAAGCACAGAUAUUUAAGUUGAUGAAGAUGGACAGCUAUCGACGCUUUGUGCGCUCUCCCCUGUACCAGAGUUGCACUUUGGCCAGUGUAGAAGGCAAACAUUUACCUCAGCUCUCCACAGAGCCUUUCCGCACCGUAUCCUGGGAGGAUGUGGCUAAUCGAAGCCCUGGCUUAAGUGACAAAAAGAGCAAGAAGUCAGAUGGCAUCACAUUUACGGCUGGCAAGAGCUCCUUUGAUAAACAGCGAGAGAAAAGAGGAUCCUGGGGAGAUUCAUCCCACAGCAAUGUAUCACAUUCUCACAGAGAGCACAAAGCUGUCAAGUCGAGCAGUAACGUGGAGCUGGACUCCCUCUACAGGCUAACAGAGAAUGGCCAAACAUGUCCUUGCUCCCUGCAGCAAGCUGGCAUCUCUGGAGGACAAUGUGGGGUGGAGGGUGGAUACUGCUGUGUCUACCUGCCAGACGGCAGCGCCUCCCUCGCACCGACCCCAAACGGCCUGCUCAUCAGAGACAUGUUAGCUGGCCUGUGUGAGAAAAGAGGAUUCUCACCGAAAGAUGUCAUCAUCUACCUUCAAGGCAAUGACAAGCAGCCGUUAUCGCUGGACCAGGAUGCUUCUGUACUAAGAGAUCAGCAGGUUUUGCUUGAGCUACGGGUGAUGUUUGUACUGGAAAAUGCAUUUACUGGAAAGACCGGCGGCAUCAUGGCAAAGUCCAGUAAGACCCUGCAAGAAGCCCUGUCAACAGUGUUACAGAAACAUAGUUUAAAGCCUCACGAGGCCCAGGUUACCAUUGUUGGGAGCGACGAGCCUGUGAGCAUGAACACAACACUUUUCAGACUGUCGAAUAAGAUGCUGCGGCUAGACAAAACCAGAUGUGGAAGAGAGCAAAGCAACAUCCCCAGAGGUAGUGGAACUGCUGUUGGCACUCAGGCAGGAUCAAGCGGCCCACAGACCCAGUUGUCAACUCAGACCAACAGAGCAAAGACUCCACCAAAGCCCAGUAAGAACCCCGACAUGGAUGGGCUCCUGGACAUGCUGACAAGGGCCCAGUGCUGCAGAGUCGAUGACCAACGAGGACUUCUCACCAAAGAACAGCUUGAGGUUCCUCUGUUCCUGCAGCUGCCCUCAGAUCAAGAACAGGAGCCAAAAUCCAAAGAGUCCAGCACAACCACCUGUUGUAAUGAACAUCCAGACAAGGUUACUGAGAACUCACCACCUUCAGCUGAAUCUGAACAGACAGAUUUGCGGGAAACAUCUGUAUGAAAGACUGAAUGGUGGUGGUGGUGGUGGGGGUGUAAAGUAUAUCCUUAACACUCAUGCGUAGAAAAGAUAUAUUGUUUAGCACUUUUGAAGUCAUUAACAUAAGCUCUCAGGCAGCCUUCUGCUACCACCUCUACUGAAACUAAAGUUUGACUUCUUUAAGCAGAAGAGAAUGAAGGUAUGAGGAUAAACACUACACUUCCUUGUAAGGACAGUGUUUCAUAGGAAAUAUUUUAAAUACAGUACCUAGCUGUGAUGCGAUUGACUCUGAUUCUCGUGUAAUUUAAUGAGAUUUCACAUUUCCUUAACGUCAAUGCUUAACCAUAAACUACACAGGACUGUAGUUUUUGAAUGGUGCAUGUUGUUUUAAUUGAAGUUUAUAAAAUGUAAUUUUUAGUAUUUGUGUUAAUGUUUUUAGAUUGGAUGGGAUUUCAUUUUGUGUGCAUGCAUGCUUUCUCAAUGUUUGUUUUUUCCAGAAUGUUUCGUUUGCUGUGAUGAAAAUCACACUUUCAAUUGUCAGUUUUAUCCUUAUAACUUAGUGUUAUAAUGUAGGGGGUCAAAUGAUGGUUAUAACAGUUGAAGGUGCAUUUUUUUUUUUUAAUUAAAUACUUGUCAAAGUCAGUGUCCCAUUUAUAUUUUGCACAUCUAAUAUUAGCUACAAUAGCCACAUUCUGUACAUUGCCUGGUAGGAUUUCUUGUGCUUUACUUGAUUGAUGGACUACAGCAGAGAGAUUUUAACAAUUGAUUUUGAGGAAAACGAUUCCAUUAAUCAGUGCUUUUGGAUUGCGGUCAUGUCCUACAUUAGCCAAGGUGUACACAUUAGCAUACAGGAUCUUCUUGUGUGUGUGUGUGUGUGUGUGUACACUCGCGCAUGCACGCAAAUGUCUCCAUCCAUCCAUCUCUCCAUGCACGAGUGGUGCGUCGGUGGAGCUCUGAAUGGGCACAGGGAGAGGCGUGUGCUCCCACAGACUCCGUAGCAGCAGCAGUGACACCAGGAGCGUCUCCUCGACUGGACGUCUUCGUCUGAGAGGAAAGAAAGAAAAGCAGGCAGUUUUCCAAUUGAAGUCUGUCAGUGAAGUCAGCCAUGGAGCAGAAGACAAAUGAGUCCUCCACCAACACCUCCCCUCAGAAACACAUGAAGAACCGCUCCAAAUCUAUAGAGGAGACUCAACAAUCCAAGAGGGCCAUUUCUUCCCAAAAAUCCCUCCCGGGAAGACCAGAGCUGGGCAGAGUGAAGGAGUGCCUUGAGGGUGUGGAGACGCCCUCGUCCUCCACUGAGGAAUUAAAGGGCUGAAUGAAUAAACUUGUCGUCAGACAUGAUCUACAUAUGAAAACAAGGCAAACGACACAAUAGGAAGGGAAAAGUGGGCAAUGUGAGCAUGUUAAAUGUACUGUAAGGUCGCAUACAUGUAAACAAGAUUAUGAUCACGUAUGUAAAGUCUCCUUUUUUCUUUAUCAGCACUGCAAAAAUAUUGACUAAAUGUGAUGUUAUUGGGUGUAUUCAUCAUAUUGUCCUGAAAUUGCUUUAUUUUUUCUUUUUAUGUGUUUUGGUCAUCUUCCAAGUAAGAUGAAUACCUUUUUGUAUCCCCCCCCCCCAAAAAAAACCCACCACUAGAUUUAGUCUCCUGGGAGAAGGUGUCAUUUAGAAAUAUUAUUACUAUCAAAUUGUGGGUUGAUAGUGUAAUUUUGUAACAGUACACCCACUUCAUAUGCCAUUGUGGUAGGUGACUGUUUUGUCACUUGAAUCUAGCCAGGGUACGUGGAUAAUGUUUGUAAUGUUCAUUUUUAAUAGAUGAUCUGUUUAGUAGGUAUAAUCUCAUUGGGCCGUGGUCAAAUUAAAAGCGA